UCCGCGCCGGCCUCAAGAUGGCCGCCUCGUGGCGUCUCUGGUGCUGUUGAAUGGAGAAAUCUUUAUUGUUCCCUUCGGGCAGGAGUGUUCGUGUUCUCUAUGGCGCUGUCAAUAAAGAACGGCAGUUUGAAUCGGUGCUGAACAGGGAGGCAGUGGAGUUCUCAGCACCUCGGAGCCAGACUGCCUGAGCUUGGACCCUGACUCUGCCACACGCAAGGCGUGUGACCCUGGGAUCUAGUGCUGAUCCUCAGAGCAGGUUCUGGAAAGAGAGAAGAGAAGUCCUGGGGCAGAGCUGGCGUGAUGGAGCUCCCCAACUACAGCCGGCAGCUGCUGCAGCAGCUCUACACGCUGUGCAAGGAGCAGCAGUUCUGUGACUGCACCAUUUCCAUCGGCACCAUUUACUUCCGGGCCCACAAACUCGUCCUGGCCGCCGCCAGCCUCCUGUUCAAAACCCUGCUGGACAACACCGACACCAUCUCCAUCGACGCGUCUGUGGUGAGCCCUGAGGAGUUCGCCCUGCUGUUGGAGAUGGUAUACACCGGCAGGCUGCCCGUGGGCAAACACAACUUCUCCAAGAUCAUCUCCUUAGCCGACAGCCUCCAGAUGUUCGACGUGGCUGUCAGUUGCAAGACUCUCCUGACCAGCCUGGUGAACUGCUCCGUGCAGGGUCAGGUGGUGAGGGAUGUCUCUGCACCACCCUCUGAGUCACUCAAGGAGGGGCCGGAGAAGCCGGAAGUAAAAAUCCUUUCCUCCCAGGGGGCGGGAGAGCUUCACUCUUCCCCAGAGGGUUCUGGGAAAGUCGGGACCCAGGAAGCCAUCCACGUGGACGCACAAGAGAUGAGUGUGGAUCCUCCCCCUGCCCAGGAGGUGCAAGGUGGUGCAGACGCCCCAGGGGAACCUCCUCAUACCGCUGCAGUGAGUUCUCCCUCCCCUGUCGCACAAGCCUUUGGGGAGGCAAAGGCGGCCGGUGCAGAGCCAGAGGAAGAGAGGAAAUACCAGCUGAAUUUUCUUCUAGAAAAUGAAAGUAUCUUCUCAGAUGCACUCUUGGUUACCCAGGAUGUUUUAACAAAACUAGAGGAGUGUUCAGAAAUUAAAGGUGUACAGAAGGAGACCAUAAUGGGAUGUCUUACGGGUGAAGAAGGACGUUUAGCAUUCCAGAGAAUCCUGGACAAAGUGAGAGAUGAGAGCCUCAAUGUUCAGUCCGUCGUGUCCCUUUUGCAGCGGUACCAAGAUUCCAACCCUGCCGUAAAGGCAGCGCUGUUAGGCAGAAAGCCGGAAGAUGGGGACGUGGUGCGGCCGAAAGCUCUUUCUCCCCCAGGGAGCACAGAGGAGGGAAGGACCUUGUCCGCUCUGUUGCUGGAGCACAAAGAGGACCUGAUCCAGUGUGUGACACAGCUGAGACCUAUUAUGGAGUUCCUGGAAACAGCCAAGGAGGAAUUCCUGACCGGCACCGAGAAAAGGGUGAUUCUGAAUUGCUGUGAGGGCGGAACACCCAAGGAGACAAUAGAAAAUUUGUUGAACAGAAUGUCUAAGGAGAGGAGCCUGACUGCUGAGAGUUUGGUAAAACUGCUCCAGGCUGUGAAGAUGAUGUUCCCGAACUUGGCCCUUCUGCUGGAGAAUUUGCAGAAACUAGCCACUUUGCCGAACACCACAGUCCAGGCGAGCCCUGAUGAUUACGGGACUGAGCUGCUGAGGCGGUACCACGAAAACCUCUCUGAGAUUUUCACAGACAACCAGGUGUUACUAAAAAUGAUCCCACACGUGAAGAGUUUAGCCCCUGGAGAAAGAGAGGUCAUGGAGAAGCUUGUGAAACGUGACUCUGGUUCGGGUGGUUUCACUUCUCUGAUGUCGGCAGUUCUGGAAAAGCAGGCUCUCUCUGCAACAGCCGUGUGGCAGCUGCUGAUGAUGGUCCAGGAGACAAAGACCUGCCCGCUGAGCCGGCUCAUGGAGGAAAUACGAAGGGAGCCUGGUGCCGACGCAUUCUUCCGGGCAGUGACCACCCCGGAAAGUGCUGCCCUCGAAAUCAUCCUGAGGCAUCACAGAUUGAUCCUGGAGGCCGUCCAGCACAGGCGGGAAGACGGGGGCUUUACCUCCGAGGAGGAGCGCCUGGCGGAGACGGUGAAGGAGAUGCUGGGCGUUUCCUCCGAGCCAGCCAGCCCCAGAGCAUCCGCGAGAGCAGCGCCGAGCAGAGCCAUGGGGAAGUCCGCCUCAGCCUGGGAACUGUGUCAGCUCCUCUGCAGCGCCCGCAGGUCCUGCCCAGGUCUGCAGCCUGUCGUGCAGGAGCUGGCAAGCGCUGGUUUCCUUACUCAGGAAAAUGGAGGGGAGGAAACGUGGAAGGUGAGUAAUAAAUUUCACCUUGAAACUAAUGACAAAGCAGAUGAACAGGCAGCUGAGCCAGGUGAAGAAGACUGCCAGUCCGGGAAACAGAACGACCAAGGAGAGACUGGUUCCUUGGCGGAACAGCAGGAGAAAGGCACUUCUUCCUCCCCAGACUCUGCCAAGAAGAGCUUCAUCUGCAAGGCCUGUGACAAAAGCUUCCACUUCUACUGCCGCCUGAAGGUGCACAUGAAGCGCUGCCGGGCGGCCAAGAGCAAACAGGUGCAGUGUAAGGAGUGCAGCGAGACCAAGGACUCGAAGCGGGAGCUGGAGAAGCAUCAGCUGGAGGCUCACGGUGCAGGCGGAGAGCCUGACGUCCCCAAGAAGAAGAAGAAGAGGCUUCCGGUGACGUGUGACCUCUGCGGAAGAGAGUUUGCUCAUGCCUCAGGCAUGCAGUACCACAAACUGACCGAGCACUUUGACGAAAAGCCUUUCUCCUGUGAAGAGUGCGGGGCCAAGUUUGCGGCCAACUCCACACUGAAGAACCACCUCCGCCUUCACACGGGGGACCGCCCGUUCAUGUGCAAGCACUGCCUCAUGACCUUCACGCAGGCCUCGGCCCUAGCCUACCACACCAAGAAGAAGCACUCAGAAGGAAAGAUGUACGCGUGUCAGUACUGUGAUGCGGUGUUUGCCCAGUCCAUCGAGCUGUCCCGCCACGUGCGGACCCACACCGGGGACAAGCCAUACGUCUGCAGGGACUGUGGCAAGGGCUUCCGACAAGCCAACGGGCUCUCCAUCCACCUGCACACAUUUCACAACAUAGAAGAUCCCUACGACUGCAAGAAGUGCAGGAUGAGCUUCCCCACGCUGCAGGAUCACCGCAAGCACAUCCACGAGGUGCACUCCAAGGAGUACCACCCCUGCCCCACGUGUGGGAAGAUCUUCAGCGCCCCUUCCAUGCUGGAGCGGCACAUGGUGACCCACGUCGGCGGGAAGCCCUUCAGCUGCGGGAUCUGCAACAAGGCCUACCAGCAAUUGUCCGGUUUGUGGUACCACAAUCGGACCCACCACCCUGAUGUGUUUGCCGCUCAGAAUCAUCGAUCUUCUAAGUUCUCGUCACUUCAGUGCAGCUCGUGUGACAAAACCUUUCCCAACACCGUGGAACACAAGAAGCACAUCAAAACAGAACAUGCAGACAUGAAGUUCCAUGAGUGUGACCAGUGUAAGGAGCUCUUCCCCACGCCAGCUUUGCUUCAAGUUCACAUCAAGUGCCAGCAUUCAGGGUCACAGCCAUUCAGGUGCUUGUACUGUGCGGCCACUUUCCGCUUCCCCGGAGCCCUGCAGCACCACGUCACCACGGAGCACUUCAAGCAGUCGGAGAGCACCUUCCCCUGCGAGCUCUGCGGGGAGCUCUUCACCUCCCAGGCCCAGCUGGAGGGUCACUUGGAAUCCGAACACCCAAAGGUGAUGGGGCCCGAAACCCAAGCAGCAACCUCGCAGGUGGUGCAGGUGAUCCAAACCCCAGAGCCACCGGUGGCUGCAACUGAGCAGGUGAUCACUUUGGAAGAGACCCAGCUUGCUGGCUCACAGGUGUUUGUGGCGCUGCCAGAUUCCCAGACAUCGCAGGCCAGCUCGGAGCUUGUGGCGGUGACCGUGGAGGAUCUGCUGGACGGCACUGUGACCCUGAUCUGCGGGGAGGCCAAGUGAGUGGCUGCUUAUCCAGUGACGGGUCCUGCCUUUGCAGCAGAGAGAAAGCUCCAUGGCUUGCCCUUUGCCCUCUACCCCUGGCUGUCCUGGAUGGUGAGCAUCUUAGCCUACCAGCAACCAAACUAGUCUCACUUGUUAAACAGACGGAAGACGUACACUUGUCCUCAUGGAACCCCCAGUGUCUGAGUCAUCGGUGCUGACUCAGCUGCUCUCCGUAGCAGGCAGGCCGACCUCCUCGCAGGCCUGCCGUGGCCUCUGUGACACUGUCAUGUGUAAGUGGAGGACAGCUUCUGAAACAGAGUCUGGAAGAGCUGUGGGUCACCAGUGAGGUGCAGUGUGCCAGCAGCCAUCUGUGCAGAACCGAAGAUGUGGGCCUGGGGCUGUGGCCCACACAGUAGGGCUGCAUGUCAGUGCCUCUUAAAAUUGAAGGAAAAGCACCCACAGGCUAUCCAGGGACCGCCCCCCCCCCCGGUCUUGAGCACACUAGGCCCUUUCCUCACUCCUCGCACCCUCCCAGCAUGGGCUGCCCAGCCCCUGUUGUGGCGGUAAUGGGACAGGUAGCAGCAUGUCACCGCAGGGAUGCUCGUUUACCUGGGGAGUCCCACCUAAUCGGAGCGUUCCUGCUGGGCACAUCCUCUCCGAGGCCAUCUGGGAUGUUCUUCACAGUGUUCUGUGCCUGAAGGCCAGUUCCUGGGGCCUUUCCACACUGUCCUCACCCACUUCCCACUCAACCCCUGCAACUCCUGCCCGACCUGGAGGCCUUGCUCCUCCCGCCGGUGCAGGUAAGGAGCCGAGGAGCUAGCGCCAGGUGGAGUGGUGCCUGUGACCGCCCUUGGCUCUGCCUCCUGCCACCGUCUUCCGUGCUGUGCGAGGGGCCUGCUGUCUGCGCUCUUCCUGGCUGCCACUGCUGCCGCAGGUCAGUGAUCCUUUGGAGUCUGAAUUUCACAAAGCCCUUUUAUCUUCAGUUCCUAACAUAUAAUCUGAUAAUUAAUGGUUUGUGGAAUCCAUUAUGAAGUGCAAUUAGAUGGAUGUAGGUUCCCACCGUUCGGAGGGAAUGACUAGCAUUUAUCUUCGUCUCCUCCACGCCAGAAGGUGGGAGUCUGCUUGUGCAGCGCGUACGCUCAGGCAGGGCACCCGGCCACAGCGGGCCUGACCCCUGCGGAGGGUGGUGCCCAUGUUGACACCAGCGCUCCCGCUGUAGCUGGCCAGAGCCUAGCCCAGCCCUUCUUUCCAAGCACAUGUCACAUCACCGGGGGCAAGCAGGGGUAAAAGGUCGAUUCUGGGUCAUGGCAGGGACUGUUCCUGGCACUGCUGGAAAGGCAGAAGGCGGGUCCUCACCACUGUCCAGCGUGUUCCCGGGCUGCCCAGCGGGCUGCGUGCAGGCAGCGGGUCCAGCCUGGGCCCACUCACCCACGAGGCCCCUACCUCUAGAGUGCCCUCGUUUUAAUAUGCAAAUCGCUUGAGCUUGUCAGCCCAGGGAUCUUUAUUUUUGAAGUAAAUGAAGUUUUCAAAGGUAAGUCAGCCUCAAAAGCCAAAACCUGACCAGAAGAUGGUGCUCAAACCUUUAAGACUUUGCCGCUACUGGAAGCCCUCACUGCUUCGGCCAAGCCGUCUCUCUCCCUAAGGUUUCCAGUUCUGUGAGCUCUCAGACCCGGAGAGCUCUUGAUCUGCGAGGCACCGCAGCACUGACUCUCCCCUUGACCCAGAUAAAGCCCACCGGAGGGGAGUGGACUGGCCUGAGCCUCCCGCGGACGAGACAGCAGCUGCUCAGUGGCUGGGAACUGCAGCGCCGUCACCACCUCUUCCAGCCAAGACACAGACACAUGAAACAGUCGUUGCUGAGGCCAGAAGAGAAAGCGAUGUUUCUUUUUAAAAAGUCUUCUGAAUAAAGGAAGCUAUGUGAUUUAAAGCCAAGUUCCAGGUCCUUAGACACACUGAGAAACCCUUUCCCAGUGUCUGACGGGCCCGGCCUGGGACAGGACACGAGCUUCCUCCAGAAUCCCCAGAGCAGAGGUCACCGUGCUGGGCGCAGGCGCGGAAGUUGGAUGUACUGCUGGCAGACUCCCUCGAGGCCCACACGGCAGGAUGCACGAACCCCAUGCUCCAUCUGCUCGGGAGAGGAAAGGCCAUCCCGAACUCAGUCUUUGCUCUGAGUGUACCUUUGCAAGACUCUGCAUGGCACUGAUUUUCCAGUGUCACUCCCUGGAGACACCCAAGUGUGAAUUUUACCGUAGAAAAACUUUUUCUAGCUCUACUUAGCCAUCUUAUUCUUUUCCCCCACUUCUGCCCAGGAGACCUUUGGAACUGCCGUUGUUACCGUGCGCUCAGUCCACAUCACCUACGUACUUUGUGGCAGUGGUGUUCGCGUUGCCUCAUCGCCUUGGGUGCUGCCCUGCGGGCUCCCUGCUGAACCGGGGGCCUUCGAGGAGGUGUGGGGGCGUCUGUGGCUCCCAGAGCUCAUGAAGCAGCUGGUGAAGAGGGAAAGGCAGGCAGACUCCCGGCCGGAGUCGAGUUUGGUGGGAAUGGUGGGAACACUCAAAGAAGUGGGACUCACCCAGGCAAGUGAGACAGCGCGUAGAUGACCCAAGAGCAAGUAUGUGAGCAGAACCUGGGGCCACAGGGGCAGCAAAGGGGCAGCGACACAGGUGUCCACUCGCUGAUCUCAGAAAGUCCACCUGCUCUGUCUCAGAAGCUUUGUGUUUGGAAAAGUUGAGACCAGGGCCUACCCGUUGCGAAUCCUGGGUUCCCCAGUGAUCCCAGUCCUCUCUGAGAAAGUGUCGGGACUCCCCUGCCUACUGACCAUGGAGCACACCCCAGGAAUAAGCUCCCACAGUCGGUCCAGAGAGGCGAGUGGGAGACAAGGGCCCUGCCCUCUGCCCCUGAUCCAAUCAGGAACGCUCCUAGGACUGAGGAGAUGAGGUGGGUCUGGAUAGCUGCUCUCUCACGCCAGGUAAUGGUCUGGUCAGCACGGGCUGAUGGCAUAUUGAUGAGAUCAGAGGGGUGUGCCUUGAAAUCUUCUGUGCUUGAGGCCAAUGAGCUGACUAAGGGAUAGAAGUCACCUGACAUUGUGGUGUCUCUGUUCAACUGGGGCUAGAAAGGUGGACGGUGGUGGAGAAGGUGCUGGCACAUUUUAAUCUGUCCUCCCGAAGAAAACUCAGCAGCUUGUCCCUGCUCUCUUGGCCCAGUAUAUCCCAGGGACACUUGGGAGAUGGGGGGAAAGGAGUAGGAGGGCAGCUGAUUGUUGUCAUGUUGCCAUGGAAAACCGGGGCUGGUAGGACUUGGGCCGGAAGCUCAGCGCACAGCCAGGACGCAGAGACUCGCCACGCCUGCGAGUCAGCCUGUGCAGAAGAGGAGCUGUCUGUGCUUUGGGGAUUAUGUGUCGAGAGAGAAGGGUCCCCUGGGCUCGUUGAAUUUAGACCGCUUCCGAGUCACAGAAAUGUUUAUCGUUUCCCCUGCCAGGGCCAGCCCCACCCACUACCACCCGUGGUCCGGACAGCUAACCAGCACAGGAUGCUGGGUACAUUGGAUUACACACCCUUAUUUGUGCUCACCUUGCACUAUUCCAUGUAAAUAAAACAUGUACUUUGAAAAACA